AUGCCGCCGCGGCGCCUGGUCGCGUACCGCUCGCUCCGCUCCCCACACCUCCGCGGCCUGCGCGUCACCUUCGGCCGCGGCCCUCUUCCUCCUACCCCAACGGCCCUGCCAAGUGACGGCUCCUUCCUCCAAUCACGGGGCGCUGCCGACGGCAGGGGCGGGGCGAGCGUCGUUCCCGCCCCUGACGUUGCGUACGGCUCUCCGAGACCUGGCCCCCUACGGGCUACGCCCCCUACUGGAGAAGUCGCUCCUGCUCCGGUGGGGCACGGUCGGCUCUGUCCUUUUCUACAGCGCCACCUAGAAGAAAGGAGUGGGACUACAUAUAGAGAGGGAGAAGGGCUUUCCAGGCGGCGCUAG